CUUAUCGACGCUCGGCAAAUUUUAACACUUCACGUUAGGGAUUUGUAGUGAACUUCAACAAGUUGCGAAUUUGCUUGCGAGCCUAGAGGAAUUACGUUGGUUCGAUAACUCUAGCACUUCGGACGCGUCAUUUCGUCUCCAUUUCGGUGUCUACUGGCAAUUUGCAGAGGAAUUUGAGUUUUGCCGACUGUUUCGGUGUCUCUGUUCGAUUUCAGUUAAUUCGACUAAAAAUUGAAUUGUUUUGGAGGAUCUGCUGAAUUCCAGCUAGUUUCUUGGAAAAUCAAGGUUUCGGCUGAACGAUGUGCGUAAGAAGUUUGAAACCGAUAUUUUGUGAAGGUUUUAUUUCGAUAUUUUCAGGGGCAAGAAGAAUUGAGCUGUUUUCAGAGAAUGCAAAGUCAAUCUAAAUUGUUAUAAUAAAAGCUGAAAUGAGAUGCAAUGCCUGCUGGCGAGAAUUGGAAGGACGAGCUAUCACCACUACUUGUGGUCACCUCUUAUGUCCUGAAGAUGCGAGUAAGAUUCUCAGUAAUGAUGGUGCUUGCCCCAUCUGUGAUCAAGUGCUUUCGAAAAGUCUUAUGAAGCCUGUGGAUAUCAAUCCAAAUGAUGAAUGGGUAAAUAUGGCCAUGGCUGGAAUCUCUCCUCAGAUAUUGAUGAAGAGUGCAUAUAGAAGUGUAAUGUUUUACAUUGGGCAAAAGGAUUUGGAGAUGCAAGUUAAGAUGAAUAAGGUAGUAGGUCAGUGCCGGCAGAAAUGUGAGGCAAUGCAAGAGAAAUUUACAGAGAAACUGGAGCAGAUUUAUACUGCAUACCAGAAAAUGACUAAGAGGUGCCAGAUGAUGGAGCAGGAGAUGGAGAAUCUGUCCAAAGAUAAGCAAGAGCUUCAAGAAAAGCUUGCAGAAAAAUGCAGGCAAAAGAGAAAACUUGAUGAAAUUUAUGAUCAAGCAAGAAACGAAAUUGAGUCACUGAAGCGAUCAGCAAUUCAUCCUGCAAAUAAUUUCUUUUCAAGACCAGAGCCUGAUUUGUUCUCAGAUCCAGCUACUAGGAUGGACAACAGAGAUCCUAUUAGGAAAGAUUGGUCGGUUCUUACUCCUAACACUCCAGGGCCGGGAGAUGACAUGUGGCCGCCAAGACACAACAAUUCUAACUCUACAUUCGACAUGUCGGGUGGCUCACCUGCAAAACAGGCAGCAAUUCCAAUUGACUCCGGAAACAGGAUGGCUAGCAACCACCCUUCUUUUGGUGUUGGGACUGCAUCUGGAGCUGCCAAUCCUUCAAUGACUCUCCGAAAUCUUAUCCUUUCACCAAUAAGGAGACCUCAGCUCACCCGCAAUCGACCCCAAUUGUUCACGUUGUAGAUGAAAGAGGAUUGCCGCACCCAGGCCAGUUGUUAAGUAGCAUUAGUAAUCGGAUAUGUUUUUCUGCAGUCUGACUUGUCAGAGAAACUCCACAAGAAAACUGCACUCGUGGAUUGUAGAUAGAUUUACCGUGG